AGCAUUUAAACGAAGAUCAAAGGUUUCUUCCCCUGUUAAAAAUGUGUAUUAUUAUUAAUGUGGUGUGAACAGACACCGCUCCAAUACAUCCGCGGGCAUGAGCACCUCGUACUGGAGAGUGGUGCUGAGGCUGCAGACAUCUUCGCACAACAACACCCUUGCGAACCAAUCAAGCGACGUGCCAGCGACCCAUUUUACGAGGCGUCUCAAUCGAAUGGUUCACAUGAAGAGUUCCCGCCGCAGGCCAAACGAGCGCCCUCCAACCUCCUGCUGAACCCUUCGCCUUUCCUCUGUCCGUUGCCUAGCAACGCCAGUCUGUUUGACUACGGACACCCCUACCCUGUCUAUCAUGGCGGCCAAGAACCUGCUUUUGAAAGGAGAGAUGGUGGCAUAUCAGUGCGCGACGUGUCUUCUAUGAACGCGUCUCUGGGGGAGGCUCGGGGGGGCAUCGGGGGUGGCAAGGGGGAUGACGAGUGGCGUAACAUCAACACCAUGCUUAACUGCAUCCUUAGCAUGGUAGAGAAGACCAAGCGCGCACUCGCCAUACUGCAGCAAAGAGGAAUGGAGUCAACAGAGAGCAAUGAGAUAAAGCGUGCAGCGAAUGAGAUAAUGGCGUCUGCAGUCAGACAGACUGAAGAGCGCGUCGCUGAGGUCAGAAGACGAGCUGAGGAUGCUGUUAAUCAGGUAAAACAUUGCAAUAUGGAACUUCUCAACUUCUAA